AUGGUCGACAGAAUGGCCUUGACGACAGGCUGCCAUGCCAAAAUUGAAGGCAUAAACACUUCCUAUGGAUACGUCCCACAUCUGUCAGCAGGCAUCGCUUUCUGCGUUCUUUUCGGCCUCUCAAUGAUUGUUCAUACCAUUCAAUUCUGUUGGAAGCGACAAUGGUGGUGUGUGGUGUUUUCCGUGGGAUGCAUGGUGGAAUUGAUCGGAUGGGCUGGUAGAACCUGGUCGAAUGCGUGUCCGUAUAACGGAACUGCAUUCUUGAUGCAGAUCUCCACCCUCAUCAUCGCCCCGACCUUCUUCACUGCUGGAAUCUAUGUUCUUCUCGGCCGAUUCAUCCAAAUCCUGGGCCGCGAUUCAUCCAUUCUCUCACCUAAACUGUACCUCUGGAUAUUCUGCACCUGCGAUGUCGUUUCGCUCGUCAUCCAAGCCAUCGGUGGUGGCCUCGCAUCUAUGGCAGUUAACGAGGUCAACGGUAACACUGCCCCUGGUACACACAUUAUGGUUGCCGGUAUUGUCUUCCAAUUGUUCUCCAUUACCAUUUUCGUCUUCUUCGCCGCAGACUUCAUUAUUCGGUCCGUGCGCCACCGUCUUCUCCAGUCACAUACUGGCUCGAUCAUCCCGCUGCUGGUUGCUAUGAUUUUCUCCGUGCUAUGCAUCUAUGUUCGAAGUAUUUACCGUACCAUCGAGCUGUCACAGGGUUGGAGUGGGUAUCUGAUCACCCAUGAGAAAUACUUUAUUGCAAUGGAUGGUGCCAUGAUGAUCGCGGCUGUUGGUGUUUUCAACUUUGUGCACCCUGGUUGGUUUUUGCCAGAGGAUCACAAUGUGAAGCGGGAGGUUUCUUCAGAUGAAAUUGAGAUGAGCCGUCCCUCUCAGACUUACUAG